AUGCAGGCACCCCCGACCGCCCCAGCACGGCAAUACACAUACCUCUUCCCCCCGCACCACCGCGACGCCGCCGACCUCCCCAGCACCAGCACCAGCAGCAGCACCCCCCGCACCGCGAGCGAAGCCGUCCCUGCAGAGGGCGCCGCCGAGGAGGAGCCCGAGCGCACGAUAUCCGACCACGCGCUGUACCUGCUGCUGAUGGUGGAGCGGCCGCUGUACGAGGACGUCUCGAGCUCCGACGGGUCGAGCUGCAGCGACGGCUCCAGCUCCAGCUCCAGCUCCGGCUCUGGCGGGGAGGAGAGCGGCGCGGACAAGGCUGCGGAAAGGCAGGGGCCGAAGCACGCAGCAGCCGCGACGAAGCCGUCGCUCAAGCGCGCGCUCAGGCCCGACGAGGCGCCGGAGAAGCGGGGGGGGAAGCGCAAGAAGGUGAGCUGGGCGAAGGUCGUGAAUGUAAGGCACUACCCCGAGGACUCGUAUCCUGAUGGGCGGCGGUUCGAGAGGAGGCAUCGGAGCAGAGGAGGGGGGGAGGAGGGGGCGGACGGAGGAGAGGGAGCGGAGGGGGGGUAG